AUGCAAGAACAUGACAGGAAUUUCGAAACAUUCGCCUUAGUGCUGCUACAUAGCAAUUCCGAUGAUAGUUAUUUAGAACUGCAACAAAAGUUAAGAGAAAUAGUUAACUAUGUUAGAACAUUUAUUGACAUUGACACAUGUGAACAAUGGCUUAAACGACGAGAAACGCUGGAUGAUAAAAUCGUUUUCAUUGUCACAGAUACUAACAAGAACGAUAUUCUCCCACGUAUCUUCAAGUUACCUCAAAUAGAUUCAAUUUAUUUGUAUUCUCAAGGCGAAAGUACAAUGACAUCAAAUCACCAUUUCACAAAUGAUUAUGCUGAUAAAAUUCGCGGUGUCAUCACAGAUAGUGACGAUUUAAUACACAAAAUCCUCGACGAUCAAAAAUAUCGCGAAAAUCGACACGAAGCUACUAUUGUGUUUCAUAGUGUUAACAGCACAUCCAUCACCACUGAAAAAUCCUCAUCUGAAUUGGAUGGUAACUUCCUCUGGUCACAACUAUUUAUCGAAGCUCUGCUACGAAUGCCAGCCACAAGCACUCUAAACAAUCGUAAAGAACUAAUUGCUCUCUGCAAACAAAUUUAUGCCGGUAACGCUGCUGAACUUCGUCUAAUAUGCCUAUUUGAACAGACCUAUUCACCGCAGAACGCUGUACGAUGGUAUACGAAAUCAAGUUUCGUCUAUCGAAUAUUAAAUAAAGCAUUGAGAGUACAAGAUAUUGAAACUCUGAUCGCAUUUCGAUUUUUCAUUAUCGAUUUGUAUCAGCAGUUAAAGCACUUGCAGCAGUCUAGUAUGCCAGACAAACCAAUUACUACUGUUUAUCGUGGACAACUCAUCUCUCGCAACGAGUUAAAUGGUCUCAAAUCAACUGUAGGACAAUAUCUAUCGUUCAAUAGUUUUCUUUCUACUACACGUGAAGUUGAUGUAGCAAUGCUGUUCGUCUCGCAUGCAACAGAUAAUCUGCAACCGGUGUUAUUUGAAAUUGAAGUGCCGUCUAAUAUUAACUCGAAUGCAAAACCCUACGCUGAUAUCUCGUCGGAAACCGAGUUUGGUAUCGAACGAGAAGUUCUGUUUAUGCUGGGAUCGAUCUGCAAGGUUAUUGAUGUGAAAGAUGAUCAAAUUAUGUGCAAAGUCAAAUUAGAGUUAAGGAGUGAAGAUGAUUCUCAGCUGAAACAACUAUCAGAUUAUUUGAAAAAUCACCUGGCAAAAGAAACUUCGCUCUAUCAUCUUGGUUACGUUCUAAGAGAAAUGGGGAAAUAUGGUAGUGCAAUGAAAUGUUAUGCGCAACAACUGAAGGAAAUUGAGGAUAAGAGUUCAAAUGAAGCGGGCUUGUGUUAUCAGGGUCUUGGCGGAGUCGCUUGUCUUACCAAACACUACGAUCUAUCAAUACCCUACCUUCGAAAAGCCUUAGAAAUUCAACAGACAUUUCCUGAUAAUGAACACAAUAUUUCCAGUUGUUGGAACAAUCUUGCCAAUACGAUUAGCAACAGUGGUGAUUAUGAACUGGGCUUAGACUAUUUCUGUAAAUCUUUGGAGAUACGAAAAUCACUACCUGGUCAUCAUCUUGAAGUUGCUACAUCCUACUAUAAUAUUGCACACACCUACAGUAAACAGGAGAAGUACGAGAAAGCUCUAGAGAAUUUCUUGUAUGCAUUAGACAUUCAAAAACAACAUCUACCUGCGAAUCAUUAUCAAAUUGCACAGACACUCAUGAAAAUCGGUGCUGAACAUGGUUUCAUGAAUCAGUAUGAGACGGCUUUCAAAUACUUUCAGCAAGCAGAUAAGAUCUAUCGUCAUUCACUGCCAUCAACGCACACAGACGUCAUUCACGUGAAACAGGCUAUGGAGGCUGUUCAAGAAGUGAUAUUGAAAGAUAACAGUGUUCCUUCACGCGAGACUAGCUAG